AAAGCAAGGGGGCGAGAGAGAGGGGGAGAGAGAGAGGGACAGAGGGGGAGAGAAAAAGGGAGGGGAGAGAGAGAGACAGAGACAGAGACAGAGAGAGGGAGAAAGCGAGGGGGCGAGAGAGGGGAGGGAGAGAGAGGGAUAGAGAGGGGGAGAGGGAGAUAGAGAGGGGGAGAGGGAGAGGGGAGAUAGGGGGGGAGGGAAGGGGAGACACGCUGACAGACAAGUCCAGAGGCAGAGGAGCAGGACACACACACGGGGAGAGUGUGUGACAGACGGAGGAGGCAGCGGGACGGGAACACGGAGCACCAGCCGACGUUCACAGCCGGGUUGUUGGCGGCAGAAAGUUUCACAGCCCCGGGGAGCGCUGCGUGGAGCCGGCGGGACCAUGCCGAUGUGUGGGAGCGGGUACCUGCCCUGGAUCUGCAUCCUGCUCUCCCCCCUCGCCCGACUGUGUCCGAGCCGAGCCCAGAGCUACACAGACACAUAAACCGUGGCUGCAAGGGCAGGUCAGAGGCUGGUACCCUGCAGCAGGUGACACCGUUGGAUGCCACUAAGAAACCAAUGCAACGAUAAGUCUAACGGCAGGGAGAAGGUUGGAUGAAAGGGGGCGUCUGCAGAUGUAAAGCUGUUCUCUGAGAACUGAGAACAUUUGAGUACUUCAGUGGAAUUUGAGGGAACGCCGCUGAGAAAAGCCUGACCUGCUCCUCAGACAAAAAAGGACUUCAGCAACAUCGUGACCAAGUUCUCUCUCCGAAAUGCCUUGGAUCCAGAGGCCGAUUCCUGUUACCUUAUCCCUGGCCAGUUGGAAAGCUUCUCAGAAUGCAGCUUCAACCAAACCGCGAGGACGUUCCUAGUCAUCCAUGGGUGGACGGUUACUGGUAUGUUUGAAAGUUGGAUUCCGAAGCUAGUCCUGGCUUUGUAUGAGAGAGAGGGAGACUCCAACGUCAUUGUGGUAGACUGGCUGACCCGGGCUCACCAGCACUACCCAGUCGCUGCCGAGAACACCAAGCUGGUUGGCCGUGACAUCGCACACUUCAUUGAGUGGCUGGAGGAGGAACUAAACUUCCCAGCUGAGCACAUCCACAUGUUGGGAUAUAGUCUGGGAGCUCACGUCGCAGGGUUUGCAGGAACUUACGGAGCCUCCAGAGUUGGCAGGAUCACAGGCCUGGACCCAGCGGGGCCGGAAUUCGAGGGGGCCGAGGCCCACCACCGCCUGUCCCCGGAUGACGCCACCUUCGUUGACGCCCUGCACACGUUCACCCGGGGCUCGCUGGGCCGCAGCAUCGGCAUCCAGCAGCCCGUGGCGCAUGUGGACAUCUACCCCAAUGGGGGCAGCUUCCAGCCCGGCUGCAGCCUCAGCAGGGUCCUCGGCAACAUGAGGUCGCAGGGAGUGUACGCGGUGGCCGACGCCAUCAAGUGCCAGCACGAACGGGCCAUCCACCUGUUCAUCGACUCCCUGCUGAACACGGACUACCCCAGCCGGGCCUACCGCUGCUCCAGCCCCGAGACCUUCGAGCGCGGCAUGUGCCUGAGCUGCCGCAAGAACCGCUGUAACACCCUGGGCUACGACGUCCGCAGGAUCCGCAGCAAGAGGGGCGGCCGCAUGUACCUGAAGACAGCGGCCGACAUGCCCUUCAGAGUUUACCACUAUCAGCUGAAGAUACAUUUCUUCAGAAAAAUCAAUCAAUCGGAGACGGCUGCAAACUUCCGCAUCUCGCUCUACGGAACCCUGAACAAAACUGGAGGACUUGCCAUUCCAAUAUCGGAAAUUCCACCCAACAGCACCACCUCGUUCCUACUGCACACGGAGGUGGACAUCGGAGAGCUGCUGAUGGUGAAGCUGAAGUGGGACACCUCCUCGUCCAUCUGGUCCACCAUCAUGGGCAAGGUCACCAACCCGUGGUCACUCUGGAGACUGUGGGACAGCCGUGAGGAGACCACCAACCACCUGGAAAUCAGGAGGAUGCGAGUGAAGGCAGGGGAGACCCAGAGGAAGAUAGUGUUCUGCGCAAAAGACUCGGCCUCGGUGAAGGUGCGGCCUGCCCAAGAGGCGACGUUCGUGAAGUGUCAGAACGAACAGACAAGGAGGAAGGGCGACCAGUAGAGUGAGUCACCGGUUGGCGGAUGGGUAAAGCACACGAACUUGAACACUGGACUUCCCUGAUUCCUGCCCAACUUCCUGACAGUGGAUUUCCCAGGAACUGUAUCAGUCGCUUCUGAACAUUGCAGAUCUCCUCAGGGAACCAGGUUUUGAAGCAUCGCCCUCUGGUGCUGCGUGUCACUGCUCGGCUGCUGGUCCCCUCACCCCUCUGAUCUUGUGAGCCUGUGGGCUCACGGCACACUCCAGGGGCCCGGCCCUUGGCACAGGGUCCGAGCUGACUCUGUGGGCGGGCUGCAGCUUUCGGAAGAGAUGUCAAACCAAGGCUCCCGUUCACUUUGAAUCCCAUGUCACUAAGGUCAAAGAAAGCCAAAGGAAUUCUCUCAAAUAUUUGGCCAAUAUUUAUCGCUCAGCUAAAGAUCACUGAAAUAAACAUGUUAUCUGGUCAA